AAUGAAAGACGCUUUGUGGUCGCCGCGGUGAGUGAAUGGAGGGGUGGUGGUGCCAUAUGGACUAAACUGGCUGAAUCACGGCACGAAAAUAUUGUUUUCAGUAAGUAAAGAGAAGGACGUGUAACAUUAAUGCGAAAAAUGUAAACGCCGAAUGUAAAUCAGUGGGAGUUUUGUGGACGUUUCACCCCUGGAAAAGGAUGACAACAACACAAUAGUGUUUCAGUUCCCACCCACUGGAUCUCACAGCAACCUACAACAAAGAUGAGGAUACAGGGACAGCCUGAGGGCGCAAGGAGGCGUCUGGAUUUAAAUACGGUCGGUGAGCUCAGGGGUGUGGAGGUCAUCCGUGGUCGGGCAGGAUAUGGCUUUACUAUUUCGGGACAGAGGCCGUGUUUGUUGAGUGGCAUCCUGGAGGGAAGCCCUGCUGACCUGGUGGGACUCAAACAGGGGGAUCACAUCAUGGCAAUCAAUGGGACUGACGUGUCCGCUGCUCCACACGAGACUGUGGUGCAGUUGAUUGGCAGCUGCAAAGGACCCUUGCAGUUGGUGGUGCAUGUGCACAGCCGAGUUAUGGGGAACCCCAUCCUUAAUGAUGCAAAAUUCGGGAUUAACCAAAAGGCAGGCGUUCUCCGCACUAUCUCGGACGAUUCAAGCAAUUCCUCCUUUCACUCAAGUUAUGCUGUCAUCGCCAAACAGAGGCCUGUGUCAGAGCCUGAUAUGUCGCAGUGGUCACAACAGUGGAACUCUUUAGCUGUGCAGCCAAAGGAGGAAACUUCCAGAGCGGGGGACACAGACUCUGUGUUUACAGACACGGAAGAUGCUAAUACUGACUGGAGUAUUUUAAACAUGACCUUGGUGGUGGGCUACUUGAGUUCCACAGAGCUGAUUUUAAACACUACAGAAUCAGAGGAGGACUGUUUGAAGGCCAUUCGGGAGCGAAUACGACAGCUGGGAACAGAGCAGGACACACAUACUCUGGUGAUGAUGAAGAUAAUGUUUGACUGCAUCCGACUUUGUGACGACGCAGGAGCUGUUUUGGCAGCCUUUCCUGCUGAGAACCUGGUUUUAGGGGCCGUGUGUGCUGAAGACCCUCGUUUUUUAUGCCUGGUCACUACAGCACAUAUAAUAAAUGGCCACGUACCAGAGGAUGGUCCUCUGCGAGCCUCCUGCCAUGUUUUCUUCAUCGACCCAGAGCUGGGAAUCCACGGGGACCACGUAGACAUUGCCGGACGCUUUGGCUUCGACUGCACUCCAGAUCCAGAUGCCUUGGGCUGCUUGGAAUUCCCUCAGACUCCCCCAGAUGUUCUUCAGUUUGUCACAGUCCUGUACAGUGACAUGGGUGAGGCUGUGGAGAGGCUUCGAGUCAAACUGGACAUGGAGGCUCAGCAGCAAGCCAAGGAGACUAGCAGCACUGGAAAACAAGGCAGCGCCAGCAGCAAUGGGGACAGUGGUAUUGGAAAUGCUUCCCCCCCUGAGGAGAGAGCGGACAGGGAUUUCCCUUCUGCAAUCCAAAACCACCCUGGGGCCCACCUCCCCAGCUGUCCAUGGGAUUAUCCUCCGGCUGAAGACCUCACCCCAAUAAAUCUCUCCAAGAAUGGCCAAAAACAUAAUCCGGAGAACAGUGCCAGCACACAUUCCCUUUCAGAGUCAUUACCUGGCCCUGAUUCUCUCACUAGCUUUUAUGGGGGUCCCCCACCCAAGCUCGAGUUCCAGUUUAAGCCCCCACCACCUCCUCUGCCUUUGGGGAAAAAAACAAACUUCUUCGGAGAUCCUCUUAGAGGAAGCCAAAGGUGGUUCUCCAAGCCAAAGUGGCCAAAAGCCCUCAGUAGUGAUACUGAGCGUCAGGUGACGUCCAACACCAACUGGUCCUCUAGCGCUAGCCUUGGCAACAGCACAAGUAGCCUGCCUCCCCCCAUGAGCCAGAUCCCCUCAGACAGGUACCGGUCAGCAGAGGUCGUGAUGCUCCCUCCCAGAGAGGAAUGGACCAAAAGGUUUCUUGAACAGAGAGAGAAACAGCGGAAAGAUGGUACUACCAAAAAUGGCUCCAGGUUUUGGGGUAUGGGUGUUGUCCGAGCAUCUAAGCGUCGCUCUGCCAAACGUCUCAGCCUGGCACGAUCACUGGAUGACCUUGAGUCUGCUGCUUCCUCAGAUGGUGACUACAGUGGAGUCCAGUUGCAGGGAUGCUGCAGCCAGAGCAGCCUGAACAGUAAUGGCAGUCUUCCAGGAGCAGGCAGCCAUCGAGGGGUCCUGGAGCAGCGCGUGGCCAGCUGGGCCGCCUGCUUCGAGCGGCUCCUCCAGGAUCCAGUGGGUGUGCGCUACUUCUCGGAAUUUCUCAAGAAAGAAUUCAGUGAGGAGAAUAUCUUGUUCUGGCAGGCCUGUGAAUACUUCAGUCAUGUCCCUGCAACUGAUAAAAAGCAGCUGUCCCAGAGAGCUGGGGAGAUCUACAACAGCUUCCUGUCCAGCAAGGCCACCAUGCCGGUCAACAUCGACAGCCAAGCCCAGCUGGCUGAUGACGUCCUCACCUCCCCACGGCCCGACAUGUUCAAGACACAGCAGCUACAGAUCUUCAACCUGAUGAAGUUUGACAGCUAUUCACGAUUCCUCAAGUCCUCCCUUUACCAAGAGUGUAUGCGUGCUGAGGUGGACGGCCAACCCUUACCGGACCCCUACCAGAUUCCCUGCAGUCCUGCGCCGUCGAAGCACAGUGCCAGCUCCGACCGCUCCACCCUUUCCACUCCGAAAAAGGAGUCCAGAAAGCAGAGGUCAGGGAGGUCACUGACUGAAGACGGCAGAGACGAGAGUGCCGACAAGAAACGCGGCAUCUUCUUCUCAUGGUCCCGCAACAGGAGCUUCGGGAAGGGCCCAAAGAAGAAGGACAUCGGAGACAUUAACCUCGACUACUGGGGCAGUAAUGGGCGGAGGGAGUCCCAGGGCUCCUUGUCGUCCGGUACCAGCCUGGAGAUGGCCACUUCCUGCUCUGCUGGCAAGAUCGAGUCUGAUAAUCGCCACUCAGUGGGAGUAUGGGAACGCUCCCCCAAACACUGCAGCGUCAUGCUUCCCGACGGUUCCUGCUCCUCUAUCACUCUCCGGCCCGGUGCCUCCAUAAGGGAAGUCCUCCAACAUCUCUGUCAAAACAUCAACGUCAACAUCGCUGCUGUCGACCUCUUCCUGGUGGGAGGGGAGAAGCCUUUGGUGUUGGACCAAGACUGCCUGACCCUCAGCUCACGAGACUUGAGACUGGAGAAGCGGACCUUGUUUAGAUUGGACCUGGUACCUAUUAACCGCUCUGUGGGGCUGAAAGCCAAACCUACCAAACCUGUCACUGAGGUCCUGCGCCCCGUGGUGGCCAAGUAUGGCCUCCACCUCAGCGAUCUUGUGGCCAAAAUAAGCGGAGAAACUGAGCCUUUGGACCUGGGUGCCCCCAUAUCGAGUUUGGAUGGCCUCCGAGUUGUGUUGGAGCGCGCAGACCCAUCUUCAGGCAAAGACAAAUCCAAGUCUUCCUCCUUAAAAGGCCACCCUCCAACCAGGAGUUUUUCUGCGACAGGAGAUGAGAGGUCAACACCAAAGGACUUUUCUGUGAGAGCAAGUGGACCAGACUCAGCACUCCCAGGGGAAAAGAGAAAACAGAAAAAGAUAAAUAUAGAUGAAGCUGAAGAAUUCUUUGAGCUGCUGAGCCGGGCACAGAGCACCAGAGCCAACGACCAGCGCGGACUCCUGAACAAAGAACACCUGGUGCUUCCCGACUUCCUGCGCCUAACCCCACCCGACGUGUCCAGCUCCACUCCUGAUUCCCUGAGACAGACCCGGGAAAAUGGCGUCCCCUCGCGAGGGGCCCUCACCUCCAGCCUACGUUCGGAGAGCCUUGACUCCUCCCUCAGCUCCAGUGCUAAUGGACACUCCGGGGCCAGGCGGUGCUUGUUGCCCCCUCCCCGCCACCCAACAUUUGGCACCCACCUGUCCCCCAUCUCCCGGCCCAUAGACACCCGGCCAAACCUCCGCACCGUGGAGGAAGACACCCACACCGACCUGACCCUGGUGGGGGAGGGCGACAUCAGCAGCCCCAACAGCACCCUGAUGCCUUCAUUACCGUCCCCCAUGCUGUCCUUCGAGAGCAGCAUGCCUGAAGCCAACUUCACCCCGCCACCACCCUGCUCCCAGUCUCAAGACAAAGGUGGAGAGAAAAAGUCCAGCUCAGUCAUGGUCAGAGGUUACAUGCUCAGGUUUUAGGCCCAGAGGAGAUGAUGAAAGGAUUCCUGGAAGUAAAUUGGACAUCUACCCAGUGGCCAGGCUAUCUCCAAAAACUGCUCUGCAAUGACCCCGUUUCAGCAGCACACCUGGGGAGACCAUAUGGCUCAGUUUGCUUUCAGACCUGCUUCACUUUCUUCCUUCUCGUGCCUCUGUGUCAGCUCUCAAAGCUGGCCGCUGCUGACCCCGGGCCAGCCUUAUCAUCCAUCUGGCGGUCAGAGGAGGACUCGACGCAGAUCUUUGGCAAUCAUCCCUCCUUGAGGGCUGUAAGCUGGGUCCGUUCCAGCCUGGCUGGUCUGUCUCAGCUCUCUGACUGCUGCCAUGGCUGUGGAAAAGCCUUGCCACAGGAGGCAUGGUUAUGUUAAACCAUGGCUAUGUCAAGACAUAGUUUUUACAUGUCAAGUCAGCACGCUUGUACAUUGAAAACAUGUAUGAAAAAGUUGUAUGGCUAAAUAAUGACUUGAAGAUGUACAAAUACAUUGUAAUAAAAAGAUGGCAUUGGAGCUUUUUCCUCCUUCUAAAUAUGUAUGAAUAAGCACAAUCAGGCAUUUUGAACUAUAUCAACAUGGUCAUUCAUUGUAAGAAAGCUUAAAGCCUUUUACGUUUUUGUAUUGUCUCCUCUCAGUAGCAACAUCUUAGAUUGCCCUGUGACGGAUUGGAAACCUGUCACGGGUCUUCCCAUGACAUUUGAAUGGGAAAUGGCCUAUAGCGUUACUGGUGGACCCUUAACAGUAAUAAGUGGGUAUAGAGCAGUGUUCCAACUCUUUUGGCUUCUGACUGGAGCUGAAUUGAUUAGUCUAUUGAUUGAAUUGAUUUUCUGGGCUUUAGACAGUUGGUUGGACAAAAUUAGACUUGUAAAGACGUCACCUAGCGCUCUGGGAAAUUUUGAUUUUCCACAAUAUAUUGAUCGAAAAAAUUAUUGACAGCUUCAUCGAUAAUGAAAAUAGGUUGCUGUCCUACUUGUGACCCUUUACAAAUAAGCAACUUUAACUUGCCAAGCCAAGGUUAUUAUUUAGUUAUGACCAACUGAGGCGUAAAAUUAUUUUUUAGCAUCACACAUUGUUUUUUUGUCCACAAUACAAUUUGUAAGCCUGAAGAGGUAAAACUAUCCAGUAUUAACAGUAUAAAGUCAUUUUAGAUGAUAAAGGAUUUUGCCUAAAUUGCUUAUAAUCCCAUGACCAUUAACAUUUACAUUUAUUCAUUUAGCUGAUGCUUUUAUCCAAAGCGACUUACAAUUGCUUAGUAUGUCAGAGGUCGCACGCCAUUGGAGAAACUAGGGGUUAAUUGUCUUGCUCAGGGGCACAUUGGUGGAUGUGUCACAGUGGGGCACUCAACCUUAUUUUUAUUGAAUUGUCUUGUCCACUGCACCACUACCACCCUUAACAUCUAUCUUGUGACUCCUUGGGGGCUCCUGAUCCCUAUGUCGGGAUAGAGAGAGGAAUAGGAGAUGGAUGGAUAGAUGAAUAAAUGUAAAAAUGUUCUAAAAUUCAACAAACCUCAAUUCAUCAAAAUGCGUCAUGUAGCAGCCAGCUCUACAUACCAGCAUCAAUACAUCACAUCCUGCGGAAAAACCUGUGACGGAGUUUUGUGUUUAUGUAGCAUCAGUUAUAUCAAAUUUUAAUCAAUUUCAUACCUAACACAAGUCAGUAUUGUGUCCUUGGACUUCAGGCAAGAUUACAGUUGUUGGAAAGUCUUUGAAGCUGUUUCGUGUUCACCUUUGUGUUUCAAGUAAUUCCAUAGUCGUGUUGCUGUGGGGUCUGUGUACGGUCAGCUGUUGGAGCUCACAGGCUGUUUACAUCUGUACUGAGAAGCAGUGAAUCACAGUCAGCAGAGAUAGGAGAGUCUCUGUGUUGAAGUGCUGUGUUUGAGUCACCCGGGCCUCUGUGUUUAGAGUCGGCAAGGCCACAGAGUUCACAUAAGAAGUGGAGAGUUUAUCAGUCAUCAUACCCUUAAUGCCAGCAUCCGAAAAAACUUUUAGAGCACAGGAGUACACACAGUUGAAGACAGGGGAAUUUUGGAGUCCCCCCACCCAACACACCCUCUUUAAAUGUGAUUUCAGUGUUUAUUAACUUGUGUUCAGGGCUGUCUGAUGAGGUAACGCAGCCCUGAAUCUGAAAUGAAGUACAACUGGUAAUACGGAAACAUAUGUGACAACAAUGAAAUUAAAGUGUAUAUUUUAUCCUAGUCCAAUUUCA